GACGCGGUGCCCGUCAUGGUGGCCGCCUGGCCCGCGGGUCGGGCUUCCCCAGCAGCGGGGCCUCCGGGCCUCCUUCGCACUCUGUGGCUCGUGACGGUCGCCGCGGGACAUUGGGGGGCUGCUGCCUCCGGCGCCGUCGGGAGCGAGGAGACGCCCAAGUGUGAGGACCUCAGAGUGGGACAAUAUAUUUGUAAAGAACCAAAAAUAAACGAUGCUACGCAAGAACCAGUUAACUGUACAAACUACACAGCUCAUGUUCCAUGUUUUCCAGCACCCAACAUAAUUUGUAAAGAUUUCAGCGGCAAUGAAACACAUUUUACUGGAAAUGAAGUUGGUUUUCUCAAGCCCAUAGCUUGCCGAAAUGUAAAUGGCUAUUCAUACAAAGUGGCAGUUGCGUUAUCUCUUUUUUUGGGAUGGCUGGGAGCAGAUCGAUUUUACCUUGGAUACCCCGCCUUAGGCUUGUUAAAGUUUUGCACCGUGGGAUUUUGUGGAAUUGGGAGCCUAAUUGAUUUCAUUCUUAUUUCAAUGCAGGAUCCAUUGAUGGGUUCUGGUGCACAUAUGAACAUUCCAGAGGCAGAGAUUGUUGGACCUUCAGAUGGAAGCAGUUACAUUAUUGACUAUUAUGGAACCAGACUUACAAGACUCAGCAUUACUAAUGAAACAUUUAGAAAAACACAGUUCUAUCCAUAAGUGUUUGAGAAGAGGAUCAGAUUUGAGCCUCCUUGAUUUCAAUAGAGAGCCCCGUAUAUGUGGAAUUCCAGAUUUUCCUUUUCCUUAAGUACCACUUUUGGGUGUGGAUGAUGUUUUGGUGUGUGUUCAAUUUUGAUUUGUUGAUUUGGCUAAAAGUAUUAUUCCUAGAUUUAUUUAAUAGUCUUCCUCAAAAAUCAGUAUAAUAGUAUUUUGUGGGCUUCUGUCUCUAUGAGAUAGCAGCCCUAUUCCUGUUACUGUUAUUGUUUUACUGUAAUGUCCUUUACGUGUCACUUGUCAUUUUUAUUUGUGAAAAAUAAAAAUUAUAACUUAUUGACAUUUUA